GGAAUUACUGACUGCUCAUAUCUGGUUUUCAGCGACCAACGCAACCAAAUAUGGUGGCCUUCUAUAAGGAGACCCAUUGGUCAACACGGAAAGGAAAAUUCAUAAAUGAAGCUACUGAACUCAAUUAUAAUAUAAUGAUGGAGAGGUUAGCUGAGAAAGAGUCGGACGAGGAUCUUGAAGAAGUAGCUUCCACCAUCUUCAAAGAAGUCUUGGGCAACAAAUCUGGAUACACGUCUGGUAUGGGGCACAUGGUGAUUCCAGAACCAUCUCCUUCAAUGCAGAAGAGUAGAGCUUUCAUUCGUCUCUCGGAGGAGAAUAAAAGGAACAAGAGCGAUGCUGAAAUGUACAAAAGCAAACUGGAUGGAAUGAUGGCUGAUAUUGUGGAAUUGAGGAGGAAUUUUUCAGAGCAUGAGAAGCUUUUGAUGAGCUAUCGGAACACUGAUUUACCCUCCGGUAUUGAGUCUCAUAGAGAGACUCAGCUGGAUGAUGAGCUGGUUUUAUACUGAAAGUUUU